AUGAAGCUCAUUACCCUGGUUCUUGCCACCCUGGCGGCCACCAGCUCCGUGCAGGCCGCCAAGAUGCACAAGUGGUGCUGGCUCCCCGGCCAGGGCUGCUACAUGCUCAAGCGGGCCGCCGAUGUCACCGGCGAGGUCAAGCGCCAUGCUGAGGCGCUGGCCGAGGCCAUGCCCGACACCUCGCCCGACGGCAUCCACAAGUGGUGCUGGCUGCCGGGCCAGGGCUGUCUCAAGGUCAAGCGUGCGGCCGAUGCCGUCGACGAGGUCAAGCGUUCCGCCGAUGCUCUUGCCGAGGCCAUGGCGGCCAUUGAGGAGCUCCACGCCGAGGACCUGGUCGAGAUUGCAAUCGGGGACAAAGAAGAUGCUGCUAUGUGCGAUUCCGAUUAUGUCUUGUCUUUUGAUAUUCGUUGA